AUGUAUCAACAAUUUACAACUACACUUAAUUUGUCACCACUUGCCGAAAAUCGCGAUGAACUCGCACAAAAAUAUCAAGUAGUUAAAGAUAAACAGUUUUCAAAUGCAAAGAAACAUGCAGAUUCUGGUGUAGAUAUUUUUACACCAGAAAAGAUUAUUUGUAAAGCUGGUGAAACAACAACAAUUCCUCUUGGUAUUGCAUGUGCCGUUUAUGGACCAAAUGAAAUGCCAAUGCCAUAUUAUGUAUAUCCUCGUUCAAGUAUUUCAAAAACACCUCUUCGUCUAGCUAAUAGUGUUGGUAUUAUUGAUAGUGGAUAUCGAGGACAACUUAUGGCAAAAGUAGAUAAUAUUUCCAAAGAUGAUUAUGUUGUUGAAAAAUAUCAACGCUUGUUUCAAAUUUGUAGUGGAAAUCUUAUGCCAUUUACAAAUUUGAAGAUUACAGAUAAUUUGGAUGAAACUGAACGAGGAAGUGGUGGGUUUGGUUCCACAGGAAUGUAA